AUGAAGAAGGAGAUCAAGUCUCGGCCUACCUUGCCUCUCGAGUUUGCAGAAUCCGAAUCUAUAUACCUCCGAAAGCCGGGCAAUGAGUCUGUGGUUGGUGCAGGCACAUGUGGAAAAGUAUUCAAAGCCAUUCACAUCUACACAAAGGACAAAGUUGCACUGAAGAAGAUCCGUAUGCGAUACAGAGGAAGGCUCCAGGAGGGCGAGGACGUGGCAGACUCGGUCGCAGUCAAGAUCCUGUCGAUAUUCCACUGGACCAUCAACAACCAGGUCGUGCGCACCUGGCACAAGGGCCGCCCUCUGUAA